AUGUUUCGCUGGGCCGCGCGCCCUGGCUACGGCAACGCACAACCCUACUACAACAACAACUACCAGCAACCUCCGCCACAGUACUCCGCGCAACCUCAGGGAGAAGGUGGAUACUACGGAGGUGGAGCGAACCAAGGAUACUACGGCAACAACGGACAGACCCCUUACGGCCAGGCCAACGGCGUUGAGUUGCAGCCGCCGCAACAGGCACAUCAGGCUAGGGGCGGAGAAGACGUGUACUCGCCUCCUCCGGGACCGCCACCAGGCAAGGGUGACGGUAUCAUCAGGUAG